GACGACCUGCUGCGCAUCUUCCCUUUGGCUUUCGCACCUUGUCACUUGUUUCCCCUCUGCUCUUCACCACAGACAAAACAAAGAGAGAUACGAGCGAGCGAGACAGAGAGAGAGAGAGAGACAAAAGAGAAAAGCUAGAGGGGAUCCGAGUCGUAGACUGCGCGUUUGCUACCUUGGUCGCAUUCACUCACGCCCUAGUGAAGUCCGUCUUCCCUUUGCCGCGUUUCUGGUUCGUCGCAGCCACCGCGACCGUCGCAGGAGGGAGCGAGCUCAGCAUAGGUAGCACACACUGGUAGGCUGGCGUGAUUGUGGCCAUCGAGUCUCCCCCCAUCACCUCCUGGCCUUGUGUUCCGCCUUUCCCCCUCGUAUCAUUGUGCAUCCACUCAGCAUUGCACCAUCUGCCUGCGUCGCCUCACCCUCUGACGAGCUAUGUAUCACGGCUAUCAGUACAGCGGUCCUCCCCCUCACAAUGGCGCUCCUCCCCCAACGGCCGCCUGGAACGGGGGCUACCAGCAGCAACAACAGCAUUCUCCCGCACCUCCCGCUCAAGCUCCUCCGUACGGUUCGGAUCCCAAUGCGUUCGCUGCGAUGUACAAGUCUCACCUCGCCAGCCUGACUUUCAACUCCAAGCCUAUCAUCACCAAUCUCACCGUUAUGGCGCACGAGAAUGUUCAGUCGAUGGCCAAUGUCGUAGCGCGCUGCAUUGAUGAGCAUAUCACACAGUCACCACCUCCCUUUCGCUUGCCCUCUCUCUACCUCCUCGACUCGAUCAGCAAGAACAUCGGCGCCCCUUAUACCACACUGUGGUCCCAACGCAUCUCACACCUCUUUCUCGAUUCGUACCGCCUCGUAGAUCAACCAACCAAAGUGAGAAUGGAGGAGUUGCUCAACACAUGGCGCGCAGGUGCGAGUGAUGGUAGCCCGCUGUUCGGUGGCGACGCUCAGUGGGAUAUCGAGCGCAAUCUGUACGGCAGUCAAGGCCCGCCGCCCUCGCGUCCGUCAGGCAGCCGCUCGCCGAUGCCUCAUGGCGGGUCUGCGACCCACAAUUCAGCGCAAGGGGAGCAACAGAAAGCCGUAGAGAAGAUCGAUAGCCUACUCGCAUUUGCGUCGCAAGACCCGUCUGCCUUCAACCCUACUCGUGUCGCAGCCCUCAAGCAGCUCAAGACCGUUGUUCAGACUGCCACGCUGUCGCCUCAAGAGAUGGAGCAGAUCCACGCUCAGCUGGCGUCAUUGUCAAAGGAGAUGAGGGCGAGAAGCUCGACGCCGACCCUUGCGCCGCCGCCGCCCCCGCAGCCACCACAGCUUCCACCAGGUCUUUCAGAUGCAUUGGCGAGUCUGACCAAAGGAGGCGGAUUGAGCAGUCUACUAGGCGCGAAUGGAAGCAACGGGGCAAGCUCAGCUUCAUCACAGACGCUAGCCGUGCCGCAUCCUGGACAGCCACCAGCGGCUCCGGGAGCAGCGGCUGGCAGCAAUGACCUCAUCAAGAGCUUGAUGGCAGCAGGAUUGAUACCGACGACUGGCUUACCCGCCCCGCAACCAGCAGCUGGCCCGUCCAAGCCCGCUGUCUUUGAGCAGGAUGCUUCGUACACAUCUUCGAUCCUCUCCCUCGAGAUCCAGCUUACCUCGCUUGAUCUUCACAAGGAACUUCCAGAUUCUGCCCUACCCCUCGUGCUGCCCGAGGCCUCGCAUCUUCCCCUGCAAUGUAGGCAAUGCGCCAAUCGAUAUCCUCCUGCUGCCGUGGGAGGUCAGAAGAGUCUGGACACCCAUCUUGACUGGCAUUUCAGGCAGGGUAGAAGGGCGAAAGACUCGGCGGCGAGAGGCAUGACGCGCGUCUGGCUGGACAAGGAGAAUGAUUGGGUCAGGGGAGGCUACGAUGACCCUGCGUCGACGGGUGGCGAGGGAGGUAGCGGUACAGCAGGUCAGGGUGGCGCAGGUGCAUCGGGCAAGGCUCUCUCAGCUCAACAAGAAGCAGAGUUGGCUGCGGCAGCUCAUGCGUGGGUUGUGGCCCCUACAGCGCCGGCGCUAGCCAAUGCGCCUUGUCCAAUCUGCAAAGAGAAGUUCACGUCUGAAUGGAACGAGGACGAAGAGGAGUGGGUGUGGAAGAAUGCGAUCAAGAAGAGCUCGACAGAAGGAGGAGGGGGAGAGAAGAUCUACCACGGUACAUGUUACCACUCGGCCAAAUUCUUGAGCGCCAAUGUAGCUGGCAAAUUCAGCACCCCGCCACUAGGCAUGAGGAGGUCAACGACGGCGGCACCCGGUGAAGGGAGGGAGAGGACGGCGACGCCGAGCGCAGAGGCGUUGUUGGGAGGGCGAAAGAGAAAGCAGGGCGAGGGCGACGAGGCUGACUGGGACGAGG